UUCUUAGCGAAUAAGAGAGUGGCCGUUUUGUCUAUAUCACGGAGAGCUUGGGGUGUAAUGUUCAUUUCGGAGUUGUUGUUAGAACAGAUCUGAGCAUCAAGAUGAGUGGCAGAGGAAAAACCGGUGGAAAGGCUAGAGCUAAGGCCAAGACUCGUUCAUCCAGGGCUGGACUUCAGUUCCCCGUGGGACGUGUGCACAGGCUUCUGCGUAAAGGCAACUAUGCCGAGCGCGUCGGUGCCGGCGCUCCGGUCUACCUGGCCGCAGUGUUGGAGUAUCUGACCGCUGAGAUCCUGGAGUUGGCCGGUAACGCCGCUCGUGACAAUAAGAAGACCCGUAUCAUUCCCCGCCACUUGCAGCUCGCCGUGCGUAACGACGAGGAGCUGAACAAACUGCUCGGCGGAGUGACCAUCGCUCAGGGUGGUGUGCUGCCAAACAUUCAGGCUGUGCUUCUGCCUAAAAAGACCGAGAAGGCCGUUAAGACCAAGUAAACUCGUCCACUGCUGCUUUGUCAACACCCAAAGGCUCUUUUAAGAGCCACCAUCUCUGCUUCAAAAGUGCAAUUUUACACCCGUUUUUCUACUGAAAGUGUGCACUAGAAAGUCAGCACGUUUGAAACGACAACACAAGCGUUAUACUUUGCUAAUAAUUAUGUGACUAACGUUAAGUAAUAGUAAUAAUAAUAGUGGUAGUUAGCUUGUUGCUUAAAUGAAAUCUAAGGGGUGAAAGUGCACUUCUAAGACAGCAUAUUUAUAAAUAAAAAA